AUUAAAAAUUUUACAGAAUUAGUAGCAAAGAAUAAUAACAAAAUGAUUUAUUAUAUAAUAUUAAAGUAGAGAAUUUUAUGUUCCACAUUCAUUAUUCUUCGAAAAUAAAUGUUUAAAUUGGCCAUUUUAUAAGACAAGCCGGGCAAACAUUCCGAACAAAAAUACUUGAUAGCAUUGGGUUAUCUAUCCACAGAACAUUAUGGCAACUACUAGUAAUGAAUCAGAUUCAUCCAGGAAAAAUACUGACAAUAAGGAUACCGACAACAAAGAUGAACAAAAUAACAUGUUUGAGUGCAACAUAUGUUUGGACAAUGCUAAAGAUGCAGUGGUCAGUGUUUGCGGUCAUUUAUUUUGCUGGCCUUGUUUACAUCAAUGGUUAGAAACUAGAUCUAGUCGUCAAGUAUGUCCUGUUUGUAAAGCCGUUAUUAGUAAAGAUAAAGUUAUACCGAUUUAUGGCCGUGGAAAUACAAAACAAGAAGAUCCUAGAAACAAAGUUCCGCCGAGGCCUGCUGGUCAAAGAACUGAACCAGAUGCUACUACAGGUUUCCCUGGAUUUAAUUUUGGAGAUGGUGGAUUUCAUUUAUCAUUUGGAAUUGGAGCUUUUCCAUUUGGCUUUUUAACAUCUUUUAACCUCUCAGAUCGUCCUCAUGGAGUUCCAGGAGGCCAACUACAACAAGAUGAUCAUUACUUGUCUAAGCUGUUCUUAUGGAUUGCAGUAAUAUUUAUAGUUUGGCUGUUAUUGGCAUGAGAUUAUAACUACCUUUCACUAAUAUAUUGUAUAUUAUCAUUUUAAACUAAAAUACAGAUUUAUUCAUGGCGAUAUUUAAAAAUUUUAAAUAUAAACUAAAUUUUGUAAACUAGUAGUUUUGUUUACAGAAAAUUUUUUAAACAUCAUCAUUAUUUGGUACUUAGUUAAAACUCAUAGCUGUGAUUACUUUAGUACAUGUUUAUAGUAAUAUUGAGUAUUGAUUAAAAGAAAUAAUAAUAUCAGUUAAUAGUAUGACUUCAAAUGCAAUGAUGCCAAAUAAAUUAGUAGUCGCCUUGAUUAUUCUUCAAAGAAGAAUUUAGUAGGUUUUAAUUUUGUUUUGUGGAUGUUGGAGAAAAAAUUCUUAAUAAUUAUUUUACUAUAAUAUUACUACAAUUACAAAUAUAUUCUAUUUAAGUACACUACAUGUUUUUUAUGUUAAUGGUUAUUUUAUUACUACUUUAUCUAUACUGUAUAUUGUUGGUCUUGUAUU